AGUGCUUCCGGUACCAGCACACCAGCCGUUACCCUUCUCCAAACGCGCUUCCACCAAGCCAGCAAAACCCCCGCCUACUUCCCCUCGAGGUUCAUCGCGUGUGUCGAGCGUCCCGAGGCCGCUUCCCGUGUGUGCUGCGCAUUUGAGGGCUUCACCAGCCCGCCCGUUGAGAUCUACAUGGGUUGCAACGGUGAGGGCAUGUGGCGCGCAGACCUAGUCAUUCUCGGCUGCAAUCUGCAGAUAUACGCUGAGAUGUUGGGUGAGGAAGGUAUGUGCGAGGCAUUGAAGGGUUAGAUACUGGUGAGUAUUCUUGCUGGGCUUAAGAUUGCUGUGCUCAAGGACGUGGCUCCCGGUAGUACUAGAGUGGUUAGGGCCAUCCCAAAAACUGCUUCAAAGGUAAGAUUGUCACUUGUUACUCUUUAGAGGGGCGUUCGUUUUUGUUUUUUUAUGGGAGGGGCGGGGUAUUGAUGUAGAUAGGUUCGCGAAAGCAUGACUGUAAUUUCAGCGGCAGACGAUAUCCCCUGGACGGAGAAUACUCGGGUUUCCUGAAUAUUCCCACAAAUCGGCCGCUCUUUGGUACCCGGUGAGGAUCAUAUGGAUGCUUUGCAUCACCCUGGAUGGAUCCGGUCCAGGCCUCUGCGCUCCUAUCGUCGAGGCCAGGGCUGAUGGAGGAGUCAUGAUGGGAUUUCCGAGGGCGGAGGCGCAGAUGAUGGCUGCCCAGAGUAAGAUAUUGCGGACCUGUUUCCACGUUUAUUCAUUUGUUCAUUUGUUGAGGUGGUUGGGUAUAUAGGGGUUUACUGUAGUCAUGCAAAGUGCAGGUAGAAUGGUUUUGGCUGGCCAGCCUCCAGCAAUCAUUCGAGAGCAGAUGCCCACUCCACCUAGCUGCACUAUCUAUGGCUUAUCUUGGAAGACGGAAAGGUCCGCUCGGCCAUUGCGAGGACGAUUCAGGAGGCUAUUAAUAUGUCU